UAAAUUGUCGUAGGGGGAGCGAGGAGCGCAUAGUAACACCAUGAUUCGCGCAGUGUCGGGACCGGUAGCGGCUGUGGCGAGGGCGGGCCCCCUGCGCGCGAUGGUGGCGUCAAGGGGCCUGUCUUCCUUGGUGCCUUUGGAUGAGGAAUACAUGGGGUCUCCGAGCACGAUGCCCGCCGCGGCGUCGGCCCCCGUCACCAAGGUGUCCACCCUCUCCAAUGGCGCCAAGGUCAUCACCCGCGAGAGCGGCCAGCUGGGAGCAACCGUCGGAGUGGUGGUGGCCUCGGGCUCGAGGGACGAAUCGGUGUCGCAGUCGGGGGCCUCGCUCCACCUGGAGGGCAUGGCCUACAAGCUGACCGAGGCGCGCUCUUCCAUCCGCCUCAUGAGGGACGUGGAGAACGUGGGAGGGAACCUGGCUGCCUCGCGAGGGCGAGAGAAGAUGGUGUACGUGUCGGAGUGUCCCCCCGACUCAGCGAGAACGGUCUUGUCGGCGCUGGCGGAGUCCGUGGUCUCGCCUAAGAUCGUGCCGUGGGAGAUGAGCGAUGCUUCGGCAAAGCUGUCCGAAAUCAUCCUGCAGCGCCACGGGGAGUCCACCGCCGAGCAGGUAGAUGACGCCCUCCACGCCGCGGCCUUCGGCGACGCGCUCUCCCUCGGGAAGCCCUUGACCCCGGGCCUCAGCUCCCUGUCCGCCGACGGCCUCAAGGAGUUCCGCGGAGCCAGGUACAAGGCUCCGGGUAUCACCGUCAUCGGCGUCAACGUGCCCCACGAGGACUUCAAGAGCCAAGCCGAGGCUGCUCUCGAGGCCGCGGACUCGUCCGCCCCCGCCGCUCGCUCGCCCGCCAAGUACGUCGGGGGAGAGCUCAGGGUCAAGAGCGACGUGGGGUCCACGAGCGUGUCCAUGGCUGUCGCGGCGCCCUCCGGCUCGGACGCAAGUGCCCCGGCCUACGAGGUGCUCGGAGCCCUCCUCGGCGCACGCGCCGCGGCAGCCGCCCCCUCCGCCUCUGGGUUCAGCGUGUUCUACACGGACGCCGGGCUCGUGGGCGUCACCGGAACCUGCCCCAACGGGCAGGUGGGAGCGCUGUCGCAGGCGCUCGCCUCUUGCUUCUCGGGCCUAGCGACGGCAUCCAACGCCGAAGUGGCAUCCGCGAUCGCUUCUGCCAAGGUCAGCCGUGCCCUCAAGAUGGAGAAGCCCUUAUACGCCCUCCUCGCCCUGGCCGACUCUGCCUCUGUCGGCACGGACCCCGCAAAGGCGGCGACGGCCCUUGACGGCGUAACGGCAGCGGCGGUCAAGAAGGCAGCGGCCGCCGCGAUCAAGUCGGGCAUGUCGAUGGCUUCUGUAGGCAACAUCUUGGAGGUACCGCAAAAGGCGGAGAUCGUGGCAAUGCUCUGAUCCGGGGGUGUGGGUCUAGACUACUAGUGGUUCCUUUUUCAUAGCUCCCUUGACGUUGUGCGGGCGAGAGGGGCACUUGUACGGGCUUGCUGGUGAAGGUCAUGAUUUUUUUGUAGCUGCACACCCUGAAUUUCUUCAAGACUGGAUGGGAGGAGAAGAUGGAUAUGGGAAGGUUCGAGACCCUGGGGGAGUUCUAGGACGCGUUUUUUACCGCCCAUUACCUCUAUCUGGUAUAGUCUACACUUGAUACAGAGUACUAUAGCAGCAAUAGGAGCUUUUCAAGUUUGGUGCGUACGCCACGCGGGCCCCGUGUGGACGGCUGCUAUCCUACGUUGACAGAAUCAAAUCGUUUGGGUUUUCAGCGAGACCAAUGAAUGAUGAAUGCUCGGUGCUUUUCUCGCAGAAUCUCAUUUUUCUCCCUCUCGUCGUCUACCCGGCUCAAGCCGCGUCUCGGGGAGGGACACAUACAUGCCUUGCAUCUCACAAUCGUCAGGCG